GGUCCGUCUUCUGGGAGCCUUGGAACACCAGGAUGUUAGAAAUGUCCUUGUUCAGGGGCACAUUUUUCUCAACACUUCUCUCACUGAAGCCUUCUGUAUGGCAAUUGUGGAAGCAGCAAGCUGUGGCUUGCAGGUGGUGAGUACACGAGUUGGUGGGAUUCCUGAGGUGCUUCCAGAAGAUCUUAUUCUUUUGUGUGAACCCUCAGUGAAAUCUCUGUGUGAUGGAUUGGAAAAAGCUAUUGCCCAGCUCAGAUCAGGAACAUUGCCAUCUCCAGAAGCUAUUCAUAAUAAAGUAAAGACAUUUUACACAUGGAGGAAUGUAGCAGAGAGAACUGAGAAAGUGUAUGAGAAGGUUGCAGAUGAAGUGGUUUUAUCGAUGAGUGAGCGACUCAAUAGACUGAUAUCUCAUUGUGGCCCGGUGACUGGUUAUAUUUUUGCUUUUUUUGCUGUUUUGAACUUCCUUUUCUUGCUGUUUCUGAAGUGGAUGACUCCAGAUUCUUCCAUUGAUGUUGCAAUAGAUGCCACAGGUCCUAAAGGUACAUGGACUAAACAGUAUUUUCCUGGUAAAAAAGAAAAAGUUAAAGAAGAAGUCUUGAAUUCCUAAAAUGCUCCAAGUGGAAAGAGG